AUGUACAAUAUAUACAUAUUUUAUUUUUUUAGGGUUGAAAAGGUCUCCAAUGACAUUGAAUUAACUGAAGCAACAACAUUUUCUGAUGAAUCUACCUCAACUAUUACUACUGAUGAGUCUUGUGAGGAAGGUGAAAUUAGCAGUGUAGAUGAGAUUGUUUUUAAUCAUAAUGAUAACAACAAUAUUAACAACCCGGCAGAAAUUAAAUGGUCAUUUGAUGUAAACUUGAAUAACAAUCAAGUAAAAGAGAAAAUUCCUGUGGAGAAACCUUUGAUGUCAUAUAGUUUCGAUCUGGGAACUAAUACCGUUAAUGAUAAUUCAUACAAGUCAACAGAAAAAAUUCCUGUGGAGAAGCCUUUAAUGCCAUAUAGUUUUGAUCUGGGAGUUAAUGCCGUUAAUGAUAAUUCAUACAAGUCAACAGAAAAAAUUCCUGUGGAGAAACCUUUAAUGCCAUAUAGUUUUGAUCUGGGAAUUGACACUGUUAAUAAUAAUUCACACAAAACAAAGGAGAAAAUUCCUGUGGAGAAAUCAUUAAUGACAUAUAGUUUUGAUCUGGUGGGAGUUGGUGACAAUUCAACAAUAACAACGCCAAGUAUUUCAGUAAAUAAAAAAGGACAAAAACGGCAAAAGGAAUGUGAUAAAUUUAGCUUAAAACCUCUACCACCCAUCAUUAAGAAUCUUGGAAAUAAAAGCAAAAUAUCCAGUUGUUUAGGAGGUCCUAUUCACAAUUUACUUGCUUCAACUAUUAUUUUUAAAAACAACCCUCAAAUGUCACUCGCUGAAUUAGUUCGUAAAUGUGAUACAUUAACUUUACCCAGAUUAAUGAAUAAAACAAAUUUAGAAGAUUAUAGGGAGGAAAUCACUAAAAAAUUUUUCAAUGAUGGUUAUGAUGAUUUAGAGAAAUCUUUGGAACCUUGGAUUCUUGAUUUGUAA